UUCUCUAUAGUCUGAAAAAAAACAAAAGAUGAUGCAAGAAACGGUGCCGCUGAAAGAAUCGUUGGGAAAGGUUAACAUUUCGCCGUCUCAAGUUGCAUUGAUAGUGGACAACUAUCUCUGCGCCAACAACCUAUCGCACACGCGUGCCACCUUCCGCAUGGAGGCUUCCUCCCUCUUCUCCGGUUCUCCAUUCAACCAGGUAUGCAAGCCUUCGUUAAAUCUUGGGCGUAUACUCGAGGAUUAUAUAUCUCUGAAGCGACAAAACUUAAUCUUGAAUCAAGAAAACUUAAUCUUGAAUCAAGAAAGGGUUGCUAUGAUGCAAGAACAGUUUAGGGUUCAGAAAUUGGUGCAGGACGUGCAAAAUGUCGUCAAUGCUUAUCAUACCUUUCAGAGGCUAAUCCCUGUUGCUGAUAAAACCCCUUCAGGCGUGUGUACUGGUAUGGCCUCUGUACAGAACACAAACACAGACAACAAGGUACAGUGGCAGGAGUCUCACAAGAGAAAAAAUAGUGAGGCAAUAGAUGCGCCUACAAUUGCAAAAAAACCUCGUGGUAGACCACCUGGCAAGAAAAAUCAAUUUAAAGGUCUAAACAUGCUCCCAUCAGUAGGGACUCAAUCAUUAAUCGCAAAUUCCACAGUUACACGGUCACAGGUUCCCACCAACUCAUCAAUCAUAGAAACACAUCCUGGAACAGCAACCAAUAAAUCUGUUACAACAUGAAGAUUUAAUACCAAAUGAGUUGUCCAUCCCUCACAAGGAAACACAGGAGGAGCAGUCACAGAUGGAUCUAUUGCACAUUAAUUUGUCUGAUCUAGAUAUGGAGUAUUGGUCAAACUUCUCAUUAAAAGAUAUGGGAAUUUUGGAGGAAGAUUUGUUUGAUCAUCCAGCUUCAACUUAUUGUCCAGCUUCAACUCAUCUGCAGGUUGAUGCAUGAAGAUUCAAAGAAAUGCAGCUGCUGUCAAGAGAGACUUAUUGCUGUCAUGUUUGAAGUGGCUGCCACGUUGGAUUAAGAGCUGAUGUGAAGAAGGUGCUGCCAUGUUGGAUGCUGACCUGGAUAAUGCAAGCUGUCAAAGCUGGGAACUCUAAUAGACAAGCUGACAUGUUUCCAUCAUUCAAAUUCAUGUCUUCUCUUCUUCUCAUGUGUUUCUUCAAGUUAACACAAGUUUAAACUUAAAUUGAAGAAAUUAAUUCUUGUUCCUGCAUCAACACUGAUUUCUUUAGUGGAUUCACUCUAGAAAUUAGAGAAUGCAAUGUCAUCAACCUAGACUCAAGUGACUGCAAUGUCAGCCUUGGUUCAAAAGAACAAUAAUUAAGCUCUUCACUUUGAAUUUCAGUUCUUGAAUUAAUUUGCAUGAUGUGUUCAUACAUUUAUUUUGUGAUUCACUGUUCCAUUCACUUUCCAUUCCUUUUAAUAGGUGAUUUCUUUUUGUUUUGUGUUUCUAAUCCAUCUCUCUUUUCAUCAAAAAUUGGAAAAUCAAACAAAAUGGAACUUAGGUAAUUGUUUAUGUUAAUUUCACUAAUUAAGUUAACUUGGGAUAUCUUAGUUUAGGAUUUUCAUUUUCUGAUGUUUGUUAUUUGAAAGCUUAAUUUCAUUUCUACACCAUUCAGUCACUGAUUCUAACCAUACCUGUCACCUACACACUAGUUCUGUUUCACAACUUUUACAUUUGAUUUGUGUUUCACUGUUUUGAGCAUGUAGAUUAGUUUUAAUUCCAAUUUUUGUGUUAUUUUAGCACUAGAAAUAUACAAGAAGCAUUUGCAUUGCAGUUUAGCAUGUUUAGUUCAUAUUUUACAUUCCCCACAUUUAGACAUAAUCUCAGGUUCUCACAUACUAUAUUCACUACACUUUUAGCUAUUUCUAUAUAUUGAUAUCCAAAGGUCUGCCCUGCAUACACACUACAGUAGGGGUUAGUUGGUUUUGUUUGAAUUUCUAUGUGCCUGACUUAACUAUUUUUAUCUUUGUUGGAUGAUCACUUUUGCAGCAUGGGAAUAUACUAGACAUGCAGAAUUCAAAUGUCAUUAGACAAAUUGGCAAGCUAGAUUUGUCUGAGAUGCGUAGCAAAUUUGAUAUUGAGGUUCUCCCAAUGGAAAUUGCUCAGGAAAUUGCUUCAGCACAAUUUACACAGGAGAUCUUUAAUGUCAAAAAAGGAGGAAAGAAAGAAUGAGUACGAAAGACAUAACCCUGAGACUCUAAACCAUUCCCAGAAAAUUGUUCUUCAAAGGAAGAUAGAGGAAGCAAUAAUGGCUACAAAAAGGCUAAAAGAACUGUUGGAAUCCCGUAAAUUGUCUCCUCGUGACAAUUCGGUACAACUAAACUUGGAAUUAUUUUCCCUGUAUGCACACACAUAUAGAUGUAUAUAUUAUACUUUACAUUCAUUAGUUGAUCAAAGUUUUCACAUACAGUAGAGUGCAAUAAUGAUUCACAAACAUUCGAAGCAGAAAUGCUACUUGAGAUGUGGCUGCUGCAUAGUCUUGGUGCCUGAUUUAGCAAAUGUUGUGUUUAUAUAUUAAUUCUUAAUCUCUGUUUCAUGAAGUCAUCUUGACACUCACAUACAGAUACUAUGAAACAUAGAGUUUCAGAAAACAGUGGACAGUACAUGUUGGGAUUUUUUUGAUAAUGUUAUUUGUAUGAUAUUGGUAAUGUUA